CGCCAGGGAGAGGAAGCAGUCAGUGCAGUGGUAGCAGCGAAGAAAGUCAAAGCAAGAGCCGGAGCACUCACACAGGCAGGCGGAGAAAAACAUGGUGCUUGGGUUGCGAUGGUGUGCGCGCUCAACGUGGUUACCAACGGCAACCGCGUCCAUACACGGCACGCUGUGGGAAGGUUCACCAACACUUUCAACGAUGGUCGAAGAAGAGACAAGGUGCGAUCGAUCAACAGACACGAAGAACGAGAACGGAGCCGGCGGCAGCGGUGGAUUGCUCUUUAGUGUAGGAACAUUUUUCACCCGUCGUCCGGACAGCCCGUUCAGUGGCGUACGAGGCGUUGCAUCGAUCAGUUGGGUCGGGUUCGGUGUCCCACCGUGUUGUGUGAUUCCAGGGAUAGUUGCUGGUGGGUAGCAAUCCUGAACACCAAGUGCAGGAAGAGCGUCGGGCCGCGCGCGGCACCUUAAUUAAUCUUGUCCGGGAUAGCCGAGCCGGGCACACAUGUAGGUUUCUUCGCUUGUUUGUUGGAGUUAUCUGUGAUAGAAGGGUCGAGGGAGCACGUGAGGAAAGAGCAGCAAGUGCAAUGGACGUGUGAAUGAGUGAAAUCGAGAAGGCGAAGCACGUGUUCGGUGUUCGUUAACUCCUCCUGACCACCCGGAGUCGUUAUUGGUGAUGUUCCUUGCGGCAACUGGUUCAGAAGAAGCCAUGGAAGCCUAAUUAGUGUGAGAACAAUCAAGCCUACGGCAAAGUGUGUUACCCAGUGAACGAAGAAUCAAUCAUUGAAGCAUCCUCAAUCAAGUAGUGCAAGAAGAAAUCUAAGUGAGUUAAAAUGUUGGUGCCACCGGAGAUGAUUGCCGUGCAAUCGAAGCUCAUCUAUCAGAUGAACAAAUACUGCGCCGAUCGGGUCCAGGCCCGAAAGGCUCAAAUCCACAAAACAAUCCAGGAAGUUUGCCGGGUGGUGCAGGAUGUACUCAAAGAAGUGGAAGUUCAGGAACCUCGUUUCAUAUCUUCGCUGAACGACUAUAACGGACGGUUCGAUGGAUUGGAAGUCGUUUCGCCGACGGAGUUCGAAAUCAUAAUCUACCUCAACCAGAUGGGCGUCCUGAACUUCGUGGACGACGGUACCUUGCCGGGGUGCGCAGUCCUCAAACUGAGCGACGGUCGAAAACGUUCCAUGUCGCUGUGGGUGGAGUUUAUCACGGCUUCCGGUUACCUGUCCGCUCGUAAGAUACGUUCCCGCUUCCAGACUCUGGUGGCCCAGGCUUGUGAUAAGUGUGCGUACCGGGAUUCGGUCAAGAUGAUUGCCGACACCACCGAAGUCAAACUGCGGAUACGGGAACGGAUUAUAGUACAAAUCACGCCGGCGUUCAAAUGUGCCGGACUAUGGCCACGGUCGGCGUCACAUUGGCCGCUGCCGCAGAUACCGUGGCCACAUCCGAACAUCGUGUCGGAGGUCAAAACCGAAGGUUUCGAUAUGCUGUCGAAGGAGUGUAUAGCGCUACAGGGGAAGAACUCGGCGAUGGAAGGCGAUGCGUGGGUGCUUAGUUUUACCGAGGCGGAGAAUAAACUAUUACAAGGUGGCUGCCGGCGGCGAUGUCUCAGCAUCCUGAAAACCCUGCGCGAUCGGCACCUGGACCUGCCGGGCAAUCCGGUCACCUCGUACAUCAUGAAAACCCUGCUGCUGUACGAGUGCGAGAAGCACCCGCGCGAAAUGGAGUGGGACGAGAACUGUAUGGGCGACCGGAUCAACGGUAUCUUCCUGCAGCUGAUCUCGUGCUUGCAGUGCCGCCGAUGUCCGCACUACUUCCUGCCCAAUAUGGACCUGUUCAAGGGGAAAUCCCCGGGGGCGCUGGAAAAUGCCUCCAAGCAGGUCUGGCGACUGACUAGGAUUAUGCUCACCAACUCGCGGUGUCUGGAGGAGUUGUAAUUUGGGGGGUUGCGGGCGAGGGUGAUUGCGUGGAAUGAGGGUUUGAGGGAAUGAGGGAGCGAGUGUUUCGUACUAGUUAAUGGCAAAAGUCCUCUAAAUUAUUCGACAAAAAACUACUCAGUAUACUUGUAUUAAGGUGUAAUGAACCCGUACGUAAAACUAUUAAUCUCUAAACGAACGCAUAAAUUAAAUAACUUAUGUCUAACCAAUUGAGAAAUCGACGUAUACCUACUGUUAGUGGAUAAGCAAAACAAGAAAUCAGAUGUAAGUAGAAGACAAAUUGAAUGAAAAAUCAAAAUUAUCAUGAAAAUAAACCAAUUUUAAUCGAA